UGUACCUGUCAACAACAACAUCGUCACGUUUUCUAUAUUUUAUUCAAUUGUUGUAAUGUUUGUAAAAUUAGAAUUAAUUUUCAGCAAGAAACAAUUUUGAAUUAAAAAAUUGAUUGAACUGAGUCCGAAGUGCAGGCAAGACACAUAAAAUUAAGAAUUGAAAUAGUAACAACGAAAACACAAAAAAAUGAACGAUUCAAUGAACACAUCAAUGCACCAAGAUAAAAUGUCUCAUCAAAAUGAUAGUUUCUCGAUGAUUCCGAGGAACUUUGUGCCAUCAACCAGUUCCACAUCAUCAUCAAUGUCACAGAAAACGAACGACAGUGGUGUAUCAAUGUCCAGCGGUCAAAUGACAUUUGCUCAAACCCAAUUCAUGAAAACGAGCAGCUUCCCAUUUAUUGAUGAUGUCAAUAAAUACAAACGAAUCGCAAAAAUUGGACAUGGAACGUAUGGUGAAGUGUUCAAAGCAUGUAAUCCAACAACAAAUAAGAUCGUUGCAUUGAAACGCGUUCUCGAUGAUAAUAAAAAAUUUGGCUUUUCAAUGACAACAUUGCGUGAAAUUCGUAUUUUACAGCAGAUCAAUCAUGAAAAUGUUGUGAAUCUCAUCGAGGUUUGCCGAUCAACAUCUUCCGUUGGUGGUUAUCAUUCCAAUUUCUAUUUGGUUUUUGAAUUUUGUGAACAUGAUUUGGCUGGUCUGCUAUCAAACACCAAUGUUCGAUUCAAUUUGGGCGAAAUUAAGAGCAUACUCAAGCAACUGUUGAAUGGAAUCUAUUUCGUUCAUUCGUGCAAAAUCUUUCAUCGUGAUUUAAAGCCCGCCAAUAUCCUUGUCACAAAAACUGGCGUGGUUAAAUUGGCCGAUUUUGGUUUAUCAAGGCAAUUCAAUUUGUCCGACAAGUAUAGACAAGCAACGCCAACAAACCAAGUGGUCACCCUUUGGUAUCGAUCACCAGAAUUACUUUUGGGUGAUAUAAAUUAUGGUCUGGCUAUUGAUAUGUGGAGUGUCGGUUUGAUAAUGGCCGAAAUGUGGACGAGAUCACCAAUUUUACAAGGAAAAACCGAACAAGAGCAAAUCUAUCUUAUUUCACAAUUUUGUGGUGCAAUUACACCAGAGGUUUGGCCAACAGUUACGGAACUUCCAUUGUAUAAGACACUACAUUUAUCUAAAGAUCCGACCCGAAAAAUAAAGGAUCGACUAAGACCAUACGUGAAAGAUUUCCAUGCUCGUGAUUUAAUUGAUAGUUUAUUAAUAUUGGAUCCAACGAAACGUUUUGAUACAAACGCCGCUUUGGACCAUGAUUUUUUCUUCGUCGAUCCCUUACCGGCCGAUUUAAGCAAAUUAUUUGCAAAACAUCACAGAAGUAUGUUUGAUUUGCAUACUCGGCAACGGCCUCCUAAUGCCAAUCCAAAUCGCACACAAGAUGGCGGAUACAUGGAUCAUGUGUAUUAAAAAAACACACUAAAUUACACUUGGAGAGAGAAAUAAGAAAUGAAAAAAAAAAAACAAAAACAAAAAAACUACAACUAUAUAUUGAUAUUUUUAAAUUAAUUUGUUAAUUCUGUAUAUAUAUGUAUAUAUAUCGGUCAUAGAUUCUGACCAGGGGACAAAAUCCCUCCCCUCGAGCGUAAAAAUUAUUCGAUUUUCCUAGAGUUUUCCGUACUCUUUAAAAAAAAUCGAUUUUCCUAAGGGUUUUAAGAAUCUUUUUGCGCAUUACCCCUCCCUUAAAUCGUUAACUCCAGAAUCUAUGAUAUCGGUCAUUUUUUUCAUAUUUUUUUGUUGAGAGAUUUAUUUUCCAUUCUGGAAAAAAAUGUUUAUUACGAAGUUGCAAACUGAAAUGUUAAACGGAAAAAACUGUAUUCAUAUUGAUUACAGCACAAAAAGGAAAUAAAAAGUUCAAAAUAAAUGAAGAUUAAAAAAGAAUCACAUAAAUAACGAUUAAAAUUAAUAAAAUGUAAUGAGUCCAAGAGACUUGAAUAAGUCGCAUUUAAUAAAUUUGUUUUUUGUUUUGUUAA